AUGGCAUGUCCCAUGGCUACUGUUCCUGUUUCAAACCCCAGUGAUACAAUGCUCAGGUCAGAUGAUGCCAGAAAUAGAUGCACCCAUGCCCUGAAGGAUGCUCGAUUCCAGCUGGUCAAUUUCUCAGACAACGAGCUGCGUGUGUCGUUAUCCAACGUGUCUCUCUCAGACGAGGGAAGAUACGUGUGCCAGCUCUAUACAGACCCCCCACAGGAAGCCUACGCCGACAUCACUGUGCUAAUUCCACCAGGAAACCCAAUCAUAGAGUCCCGCGAGGACAUCGUCAGAGAGGGUAACGAGACAGAGAUAACCUGCACCUCCAUGGGCAGCAAACCCGCUGCAACAAUCAGAUGGAUGAAAGGAGACAAAGAGCUACAGGGCAAAUCUAAAGUGGAGGCCACGUAUGACAGGAUGUUCACUGUGACUAGCUGGCUGAGGCUUACCGUCAUGAGAGAGGAUGAUGGAGUUCCUGUGGUUUGCAUUGUCGACCAUCCAGCGGUCAAGGACUUCCAGACGCAGAAGUACCUGGAAGUACAAUAUAAACCUGAGGUGACGAUCAAGGUGGAGUUUCCGCAGGGCCUGAUAAGAGAGGGCGAGAAUCUGGAACUGACGUGCCAGGCUAAAGGCAAACCACAGCCUCAUCUGGUGAAUUGGGUGAGGGUGGAUGACGAUGUGCCGUCUCACGCGGUUAUCACCGGCUCAGAUCUCUUCAUCGAGAACCUCAACAAGUCCUACAACGGCACUUACCGGUGUGUGGUGUCCAACUCUGUGGGCGAAACGUACGCUGACUACAUCCUUUAUGUGCGCGACGCUGCGCCCAGCACUGAAGCCGCAGCUCAUGAUUCACAAGCAGGACCAGAAGCACAGAGAUUGGACCAUGCGGUUAUCGGAGGAGUGGUGGCCGUCGUGGUCUUCGCCAUGUUGUGUCUUCUCAUCGUUUUGGGACGAUACUUUGCAAGACACAAAGGCACCUACUUCACACACGAAGCCAAGGGGGCAGACGAUGCAGCGGACGCCGACACGGCCAUUAUCAAUGCCGAAGGGGGCCACAACAACUCGGACGAGAAGAAGGAGUACUAUAUCUGAGUCCCGAGGCCUCUGUUGUUCUUACUAUUUUCUUUUGUUUUGUUUCGGCGGGAGGGGGCGGGGCAUGGGGAAACUGAGAUUGUUUUUGUUUAUUUGUUCGAUUUUCUUUCCUGGGGAUUGAAUGAAGUAGAAUGCUACAUGGGCAGCUGAGAAGAUGUAGGUAUUUGUGUUAUACAGUGGGAUCAGGGUCGGGGAUGGGGUUUGGGGCGGGCGGGAUACCAGACGUUGCCAGAUAUGAGUGUAGAAAGCAUCACCACACAGCACCUCCCCAACUGCUGGUAUUUUUUGUUAAUUUCUUGACCAUUUGCAGAAAAUUCUGUGCCUUGUUCUGAAUUUCUUUUCUUAGUCAUGCUUCAAAAGCCAUCCAUCGCGUCACAUCCCAAACCACCCUCCCUGAAAACAUACAUACACCACCAUCUCUGAUUAUCGACUUUAUCAGCUUUCCUAUGAAGGUACAUGAGAGCACUCCUCAAUACAUUCCCCUAUACUGUGGGCAUCUCCUUCAAAACAUCAUAUCCUCUGUACUAAGCAGGCCUAGUCACAUGACAGCAUUUUGAUUUACUCAAGUCAGCAGCAUCAUGAAGGGAAGUACAAGCAGCUUCCUUCCUUCCUGUACCCCAGUAAGUUGAUGAGACCGGCGGAGAAUUGAUCCUGAACGUUGCACCUGUUUUCAUUCUGACAUUCUGCGUCUGCUUGGCUGCAGAAUGCUUUUAUCCUCGGUUUACUUCAUUUACUUGAGUUUUUUCCCCCCCAAUUAUACUGUAUGUGCCAGUACAUUUGAAGAAUAGCUACCGCUCAGAAUGACCAGAUGAAUGCUUCCUGCUACACUGCACCUUCGGAGGCUUCUCAUCUCGUUCUGCUCAGCUACACACAACCGAAAGCCCUUGCAGGUAUUUAUUGUUUUUGGUAUAAUGAUGUCUUAGGUUUUCUCAGCAUUUUCAUCCAGAAAUGUUUUCACUCAUGCCAUAAUGACGAAACAGUCGCCGUCACUGAAAAAGGUCUAAAUGAUGUGGCUUAUAUUAUAUUUUUUUCGUCUCAUGCUGUAGUUUCCCAUGCAGGGCUGGUGAAGGUGACCCUCUAGCACACGUAAAUAACUACCUAAAAUAGUGUCAAAGCAAGAAGUUUUUUAGUUUUAGAGCCUGCUUUUGUUAGGCUCAAGGGAGGAAGCGCCACGACCAUCAUGUUUGUAGAUGUACAGAGAGGAAAGAUUUGGAAAUGGUUUGAUUACUAUAACUUUACUACCUUAAAAUGCAUUUUAACAGCCAAAAAAAAACAUCUGCAUUUGUGUAUCUUGUUUGUAGGCGAGUCAGUGAGGAUGUGACAUUGAUGUUAAGCAGUCCAACAAGUGUGUAAUGGUACAUGAUUGCCUGUCAAGUUAAUUGCCUGUUUGUUCUUCCUCAGAGGAAACAGUGGCAGUCGCAGCUAGCUUAUCCUAGUGAUAUUAGUAUUUGAAUAUAAACUGCCCAAAUAUCCCAGGCUCGAUGGUGCGAAAAAGCACCAUGGUGACAUAAUUUCCUUUUGAAGUGUAAACAAUGUGUGUUUUAUUGUUUAUAAUUGCUGUGAGUUGCUCCUCCGGGUUCCUGCUUAUGCAUAAUAGUCUUCAAAUGAGGUUAGUUUGAAUGGAGAGUGAAGCAGUCUUUUAUUACCAAUACAGUUUGAAAAAGAAUUUGAAAAAGCUUUUAAUAACAUUCCAAAUAUUUUAGGAAAACCGCCUACAAUGUAAUUAGCCGCAUUUGUGGAUGUCCCCCUAUAUUUACAGUCGUUGUCAGCACAUGACACUAACCAAAAUACUCUGCCAACAUGCUCAAGUAUCAUGCUCUCUUCGCUCCUGUGAACGCAUUAGACAUUUCACCGGAGCCUAGCUACAAACGUAGCGCCCGUUAAGGGUACAUAAUGUAAGGUGGCUAAGAUGUCUAAAGUACUUUUCCUAAAGAGAAGUAUUUCUUCUCAUUUCCUCAUGACUCUCUCUGUAGUGUAAGUGAACUUAGAUGCCAUAGUUUAGGCCCUGCUGAAAUCAACCUCAGUGUGUAAAUAAAACCGCAAGGCUGAGGAAGGAAAACGUACUCUUGAUUGCUAAAAAAUCAAGCAUCCACUGAGUCGUUUUAGA